CCCAGCGCCUGCGCGGGCCUCAAACCCCGCCUCCACCGCAUUCCCGCUGGGAAAGUACGCAAGGACGCGAAGAGGCGUGAAAAGGAGCCUGGUGCAUUAUCUCUGGAUGCCCCCUACUGUGCUAGAGAUGAAACCCAGCGAUUCCCAUUUACUAGAGCUGUAGGUAAAACUUGCCUACUCAUCAGUUAUACAACCAAUGCAUUUCCUGGAGAAUAUAUCCCCACUGUCUUUGACAACUAUUCUGCCAAUGUUAUGGUAGAUGGAAAACCAGUGAAUCUGGGCUUAUGGGAUACAGCUGGACAAGAAGAUUAUGACAGAUUACGUCCCCUCUCCUAUCCGCAAACAGAUGUGUUCUUAAUUUGCUUUUCCCUUGUAAGUCCUGCAUCAUUUGAAAAUGUCCGUGCAAAGUGGUAUCCGGAAGUGCGACACCAUUGUCCCAACACUCCCAUUAUCCUAGUGGGAACAAAACUUGAUCUUAGGGAUGAUAAAGACACGAUCGAGAAACUGAAGGAGAAGAAGCUGACUCCCAUCACCUAUCCGCAGGGUUUGGCCAUGGCUAAGGAGAUUGGUGCUGUGAAAUACCUGGAGUGCUCAGCUCUCACCCAACGGGGCCUCAAGACAGUGUUUGAUGAAGCUAUCCGAGCAGUUCUCUGCCCACCUCCUGUCAAGAAGAGGAAGAGAAAAUGCCUGCUGUUGUAAAUGUCCGAGUCUUGAGUUCUUGGUCCUUCCUGUCCCUUGGAACCUUUGUACGCUUUGCUCAAAAAAAACAAAACAAAACAAAACAAACAAAAAAAAACGGUGGAGCCUUCGCACUCAAUGCCAAGUUUUUGUUACAGAUUAAUUUUUCCAUAAAACCAUUUUGAAUCAAUCAGUAAUUUUAAGGUUUUGUUUUAAAUGUAAGAGUUCAAACUCACAUUAUAUUAAAAUGUAACCCUAAAACGACAAGCCUUCUGAAAGCCUUAUUUUUCAAAAGCCCCUAUCCUUGCUCAGAUUAAAAGUUGCCAAAAUACCUUCUGAACUAAGUUGUGGUGUUGUGCUAGAACACUAAGCAUAAACUCUUGAAAGACCUUUGUAAGAAGACUGCAGCUUCUGAAAUCAGGAGGUGUAGACACUGUCCAAGUAGCUUUCAGAUCGAGUGAAGCAGAACAGCCUUCUUAAUGACAUGUUGCUGUAUAACUCGUCAGUAACUUCUCAGCCCAUGUUCAUUCUGUACCUCUGUACUGUAUGUCAUAAUGGGAUGGGUGUAACAGCUCUCUUUGGAUUAGUCUUUUUGAUUUCGUAGUGAGGAUUUUCUUUUUUUUUUAAAUCAGUUUACUAGCUUUUGCUGAGACUUGGAACAGAACGUUUUUAAUUUUUUUACUUUUUUUUUUUUCUUUUUGGUACCAGGGAUUAAACUCAGGACCUUGUGCUUGCAAGGAGGCAUGAUGUCACUGAGCUAAAUCCCUGUCCUCUGGAACAGAGCUCUGAUUCUCGUAUUUGUUCUAAUGAAGUAUUCUGUUCCUAAUUAUGGGUGUGCUGGGUGGAGUGUGUGAAACAUGACAAGAUCAAAGGAAGAAGACAGUAUUUUGACAAAAUAUGAAGAGAUUAAUUUACACUAUAUUGUACAUGGAAUAACUUAACUGAAAAAGUGUCACAGGUGAAGAUGUUAAAGGUUAAUUUCUGUCAAGUGCAGUAGAUGAUGAAGAAAGGUUGGUAUUAUCAGUGUGUCUUAAGCUUUUUCUUUUUCCGAUACUUGCCAUCUUUCCAAAAUUGGGCAUUUCAUAUUUGAACUGGUCAUUCCCAUAGUUGCUAACCUAGUAAGUGCUUUUCUAAUAGAAUCCCUUCUUAAUGAGCAAAUAUGCCUAUUUGUACUAUAAAAUCUUUCUGAUAAUGCAUUAGAAGUUUUUUUGUAGAUCAGUAAAAGUGCAUUCCUGUUUUCAUGUUACUUUAUUCAAAGCUAAUUGCUUUCCUUAGUCUUCUAGUAACUAGGUGUAAAAAUCAUGUUGCUGCUUUACAGUUUUUAAAAUAUUUUAGAUAUUCUUAAAACUAUGAACCUUCUUAACAUCACUGUCUUGCCAGAUUACCAACACUAUCACGUGACUAACACUGACUCAACCCUCUUUACCUCACUCACACAGACACACGCUUCCUGUUGUGGCUUUGCCUAAUGAUGCUCCUUUGGGUCUAUGAGGUUCUGUAAACUGCUAGUGCUAAUGAUGUUCUGUACAACUUUAACUCACUGGCGAGGACAAAAAUGUCAGACCUUUCAACCACUAGAACAAAAUUUUUUUAAUUGACAGUUACAGAAUUGUGGAGUGUUUUUACAUUGAUCUUUUGCUAAUGCAAUUAGCAGUAUGUUUUGCAUGUAUGACUUAAUAAAUUCUUGAAUCAUA